AUGCUCACACGCCACCUAGCUCGCUCACUCCGCACCUCUCUCCCCGCUUCCUCCCUCGUCAAUCCGUCAUCUCGCCUCGCACGCACAACUCCAGCAGCCCUCUCGCUCGCCACCCACCGCUCUCCUCCAUCCUCUCGCACCUUCUCGACCACCGCCCCGCGCUCACAACGCGGUGGCGCACCUCCUCCUCCUGGUUCGGGAGGCGGAGGAGGAGGCGGAGGAUUCCCCAUCGGCAACAUCUUUGGCGGAGGGCAGAAGCGCGAGCCGGGACAGGCUCUCAAGGACAACGGGAUCGACUUGACCGAGCUCGCGAGGAAGGGAAAGUUGGACCCGGUCGUCGGGAGGAGCGACGAGACGAAGCGCUUGAUUGAGAUCCUGUCAAGGAGGAGCAAGAACAACCCCUUGCUCGUCGGCCCAGCAGGAGUCGGCAAGACCGCCAUCGUCGAAGGACUCGCACAGAAGAUCGUCGCAGGCGAGGUUCCCGAAAGCCUCAAGAACAAGCGCUUGAUCUCGAUCGACUUGUCGACUCUGAUGUCGGGGACUGCCGUCCGCGGCUCCUUCGAGGAGAAGAUGAACAACCUGAUCAAGGACCUCGAAGAAGCAGACGACGUGAUUGCCUUCAUCGACGAAAUCCACCAGAUCCUCAACCUCGGCAAGGCGGAGGGUUCGCUCGACGCGUCAAACAUGCUCAAGCCGUCACUCGCCCGCGGGUUGCAGAUAGCGGGCGCGACGACGUUGAAUGAGUACAGGACGUCGAUUGAGAAGGAUGCGGCGUUGACGAGGAGGUUCCAGCCCGUCAUGGUUGAUGAGCCCUCCGUCGAACAAGCGAUCACGAUGCUGCGCGGCCUCAAGCCCAAACUCGAAGUCCACCACGGCGUGACCAUCUCGGAUGCCGCACUCGUCACGGCAGCCGUCAUGUCGAACCGGUACAUCUCUGACCGGCACUUGCCCGACAAGGCGAUCGACCUCGUCGACGAGGCGUCUGCUUCGCUUCGCCUGCGCAAGGAGUCGCCGCCCGAGGAGCUGGAUGCCCUCAAGCGCAUGAUCACGACGCUACAGAUCGAGUUGUCGUCGCUCGGGAAGGACACGGAUCCGGUUGCGGCUGAACGGCGGACGGCGAUCGAGGAGGAGUUGUCGACGCUCAAGAAGGAUGCGGAGGCGAUGGAGCGCAAGUGGAGGGCCGAGCGGGAGCGCGCGGAAGAGAUCCGCAAGACGAGGGAGGAGAUCGAGUUGAGGCGGUUCGAGCUGGAAGAGACGCAGCGGAAGGGCGACUACCAGCGCGCGAGCGAGCUCAGGUACUCUGUCCUUCCUGAGCUCGAACGCAAGUUGCCUCGCGACGGCGAAGGCGACAAGGGCGGCGAAGGCGCGAGGGUCACGAGCGACGAAAUUGCGCUCGUACUCGCCAAGGCGACCGGAAUCCCUACUGCCACCCUCAUGCGCGGCGACCGCUCGCGCCUCCUCGACCUCGAGAACGUCCUCUCCUCGCGCGUCAAGGGGCAGGAACCUGCCAUCUCUGCCGUCGCUUCUGCGAUCCGCCUCUCCCGCGCUGGACUGCACGCGGGCAACAGGCCCGUCGCGUCGUUCCUCUUCCUCGGCAGUACGGGAACGGGCAAGACGGAGAUGGCGAAGACCUUGGCGGCUGAGCUCACCGGCACGGAGAAGAACCUCGUCGUCAUCAACAUGAGCGAGUUCCAGGACAAGCACACCGUCAGCCGCUUGAUCGGUGCUCCGCCUGGAUACGUCGGCUUUGAGGACGCUGGCCAGUUGACGGAAGCGAUUCGCCGCAAGCCUUACAGCGUUCUGUUGCUCGACGAGUUCGAGAAGGCACACCCAGACGUCGCCAACAUCCUCUUGCAGGUGCUCGACGAGGGCAAGCUUACGGACUCGCAAGGCCGCGCGGUCGACUUCAAGAACACCACCAUCAUCUUGACCAGCAACAUGGGAUCCGACAUCCUCGCCGAGGACGGGGCAACGCUUCCUGACGGCACGGUGACGGACAGCGCGAAGGAGCGCGUCCUUGCCCGCGUGCAGAGCAUGUACCCGCCCGAGCUGCUGAACCGCCUCGACGAGCAAAUCGUCUUCAACUCGCUGUCGCCCGAAUCCAUCGCCAAGAUUGUCGACCUGCGCCUUUCCGAAGUUCAGCACACGCUCAACCACUCGUCCGCCGCACCCGAGCGCCGCAUCGGCCUCCUCGUCGAGCAAGGAGCGCGCGACUGGCUCGCCCAGAACGGGUACCAGCCUCGCUGGGGAGCUCGCGCCCUCAACCGCCUCAUCAGCACGCACGUCCGGCGACCGCUCGCCGAGGCCAUUCUCCGUGGCGAGCUGGGCAACGGCGACACGGCGCGCGUGCGCCUCAACCGCGACGGCAGCGGGCUCGAGGUCGUCCCCAUCCGUGCGAACCAGCCUGAGGACGUCAAGCUCGCUGAGGAAGUCGAGGGCGACCUGGAUCUCGCCAACGAGGUGGCCGGCGGCGAGGAGAAGUGA